AUGGACAAGAUUUUAAACAAAUUAUUAUGUUUGAAUAUGCAAGGUGUGCUUGUCAAUAAUGUGGAACUUCUUAAGAAAAAUAAGCAGUCUCGGAAAGUUAACAUAGAGCCAAAAAAAUCAAGAUUAAUUGAUUCAAUUACUCCAACAAGUAGAUAUCCAACAAGAAAACCAAAGACAAGAAAAAGUAAUCAACUUAAAACAGACUCAACAAAAUCAAGAUUAGUUGACUUGGUGAGACAACAAAAGGCAAAACCCAAGACAAAGAAAACAACUUUAUAA